UUUACACUGUAACUCACCCCCAACUCUUUCUCCCACUCUUCUCGUGUUCCACGCCGAAACCCUAAUCCUCCUCCUCCUCCCCCGCCGCCGCCGCCGCCGCCGCCGCCUCGGCGCUGACGCCGAGGAGGAGGCAUUAUAUAUAGUUAUAUACACUUUGGAUGUUAUAAACUAAAGUGAUGAUGGUGCCGCUUGAUUCGUCGAAGAAGAUCUCAUUCCAACGGCAAAUCUGUGACGGAGACUUGGUUAUAGUUUACGAAAGGCAUGACAUCAUGAAGGCAGUCAAAGUACGUAGCGGUUCCGAACUCCAAAACCGGUUCGGAGUCUUUAAGCAUUCCGACUGGAUUGGAAAGCCAUUUGGGUCCAAGGUGCUCAGCAGCAAGGGCGGGUUCGUGUAUCUCCUUGCCCCGACCCCUGAGUUAUGGACACUUGUGCUUAGUCAUAGGACCCAGAUAUUAUACAUUGCGGAUAUCAGCUUUGUGAUUUCCUACCUGGAAAUUGUCCCUGGCUGUGUAGUUCUCGAGUCUGGCACCGGAAGCGGUUCUCUUACUACGUCUCUUGCUCGAGCUGUGGCACCUUCUGGCCAUGUAUUCACAUUUGAUUUUCAUGAGCAGAGGGCGGCGUCAGCUAGGGAAGAUUUCGAGAGAAAUGGUUUAAGUGGUUUGAUCACCGUCAAUGUUAGAGACAUUCAAGGGGAGGGAUUUCCGGCAGAGCACAGCGGAUCGAUUGAUGCUGCGUUCCUCGACCUCCCGCAACCGUGGUUGGCGAUACCAUCCGCCGUAAGAAUGUUGAAGCAAGACGGAGUGUUGUGCUCGUUUUCCCCGUGCGUCGAGCAAGUGCAGCGCACCUGCUCGACUCUUCGGUCGAACUUCACCGAUAUUCGGACAUUCGAGGUUCUUCUACGAACCUACGAAGUCCGCGAGAGCAAACGAGCGGAUACCACAGUCGAAGAAGAAGAAGAAGAGGGUGCUGCCAUUGGGCCGCCGCCUCAAAAGAGGCGGCAAUGCUCGUCGACCGGGUUGAACCCUUGUAGCGCGGAGAGAAGCUCUUCUGUCACGGCAAAGCCAUGCGCCACUGCGAGGGGACACACCGGUUACUUGACAUUCGCGAGGCUCGGUUUGCGGGAGGAUCAAAAUGCGAAAACCGAGUAGCCGAUAUUCGACAAUAGUGGUUUGAAUUGCACACCAAUUUCAUCUUCUUUUCUCAAGGGUUGUGGAAUGGAUUGUGUUCCAAAGAUUUUCGUUUUCCGCGUAUCAAACUAAACCCUAGUUUAGAAGAUUCAGGGGUGGAUUUUAUUGGUUAAAAUCCGUAAGCACUGUAUUAUGGCUGAUGCUUGCACAACAAUUGAUGCAAUUUUUUAUCAACAAAAUAAUUGAGAAUA